GUAAUCCUUAUAUCAAUCCGAGCACAGGUGAUUUUCUGAAGCUUUAUUUAAAUUCAUUUCUUGGCUUAGUGCUUCUGCACGUCCUAUGAUAGUUUCUGAUCUUGAUCAUACAAUGGUUGAUUAUCAUGAUGUUGAGAAUGUAUCCCUACUCUGCAUGCUUUAUAUAUCAUGCCCAUGUGAAAAUAAAAAGUCCCUGGCAGUUUGGAGUGUUGGCUGAUGAAUUAACUUGAGUAUAGGUAUAGAUAGAAGUAUAUAGCUUUUAUUGUGAAAAUUAGGAAAACAAAUUUAUCCUAAAAAAUAAACUGGCAGGUGAAGAAAACUUUUAGCUUAAAUGCUUGACCAAAAUGUACUUUAUAUAGCUAUAACCUAGAACCACCAUUUUAAUUUUUCUUUUUCAGGAUCCAUCUGCUGUAAUUGUCCGUCCUACUGGUGUUGAGAAACCUCUACAUGAACGCAUACAUGAAUUGAAAGGGUGGUAUGGAGACAAGCAGGGAAAAAGGUUUCGGGUUUGGGUGGAUUGUGUAUUAUCUACACAGACUGGUUCAAGCACAUGGCUGGUGAAUUUUGAUAAACUGGGAGCAGUGUGGUAAGAUUUCUUUAUAUGUUCUUUUAUAUCUGCUCAAUCUUUGCGUCUUUUCAAUUUAAACUAGAUUUUCUAUCUGUGCUAAUUUAUUUACCUUUCUUGCAUUCAUCUCUUUGUGGAUAUGGUAGUAUAUGUCUCUCCAACUUGGAAGACCAGUAAUAGGAAUUUGCAUGUGAACAUAAUUGCCUUUGAGCCCUUGAUUUCCAUUUUAGUAUAUUUAUAUAGAGACCAAUCCAUGGGUGGUUCUUAAUCUGACAAAUGCUGCUUUAGAACAAAAGAUUGUUUUAAACCCUGUCAAAGGCUUGGAUGUAAUGGCAUUUCAAGAAUCCCAAGAUUACAGUCCCAAGGUUUAACUUGUCAUUCAAAUGCUUCAUUUUGCAUAUUUUCCUUAGGCAAAAAAAAAAAUAAUCUCAAAUUUAAAUAUUAGAUGUCACUUGUAAUAUAAGUAUAGCUUGGUAUCAGAUAUUAUCCCUGACCUUUCCAGCUCCAGAGUAUUGUUCAGUGUUCAAUUGAAGUGAAUGUACUAAUGAUGUUAAUAUUUCAUUUCUUAUAUAUAAAACUAUUCACAGCCAUAAAAUAUAGAGAUCAUUCUCUU